GCGAGAGGGAGAGAGAGAGGGAGGUUGGACCCGUUUGGACUUGUAUGCGCACCGGAGCACGGCGAAAAAUGGGAUGACAGCAGGCCUCAGUAUGGCAGCAGUCUCCAUUUCCAAAACCCUAAGGAAGCUCCAUCGUGGGAAUUGGGCUCUUCAAUCCCUUCCCAAGCGUUACGCCCCUACACCCUCGUCUUCUUCUUUCUCCAGCUCUGCCCCUGCGAUUUCCUCUUCUUCACCUAAUUCUUCAUCACCCUCCUCUUCCCAAUCGCUAGAAAAACCGCGGGGAAGAUGGACGAGAUGGUUGCUUUUUACUCCUGCGGCUAUCACAUUUGGCCUGGGAACCUGGCAGAUAUUCAGAAGACAGGAAAAAAUAAAAAUGUUGGAGUAUAGACGGUUGAGGUUAGAUAUGGAACCUGUUCAGUUGAACAACCUAGUACCCUUGAGCGAGAAAUCUGAUUCUCUGGAGUUCAGGAGGGUGGUAUGCAAAGGAGUUUUUGAUGAGAAUAAAUCAAUAUAUGUUGGUCCACGUUCAAGAAGCAUUUCAGGAGUGACUGAAAAUGGAUACUAUAUCAUUACACCGCUUAUGCCAAUCCCGGAUGAUCCUGAGAGCGUGCAGUCUCCAGUUCUGGUCAAUAGAGGAUGGGUUCCUCGCAGUUGGAGAGACAAGUCUUUAGAUGUUUCACGAGACAUUGUACAACCAUCAAAUAUGAAACAUUCCUCUGUUCAAGAGAGUGAAAGACACUCUUGGUGGAGGUUUUGGGCUAAGAAGCCUAGAGAUAUUGAGGAUCAAAUUCAUGCUGCAGCUUCUGUAGAAGUAGUUGGAGUUGUUCGCAGCGGUGAGAAGCCUAGCAUAUUUGUUCCAGCAAAUGAUCCAAGCUCCUUUCAGUGGUUCUAUGUUGAUGUCCCUGCUAUUGCCCAUGCUUGUGGACUUUCUGAGAGUGCUACAUACAUUGAAGACAUCAAUGAAAACAUCAAUCCUAGUAACCCAUACCCUGUUCCAAAGGAUGCAAAUACCUUAGUUCAUAGUUCUGUGAUGCCCCAGGACCAUCUAAACUACACAUUGACGUGGUAUUCUCUUUCUGCUGCGGUAACAUAUAUGGCUUUCAAGAGAUUAAUGCCAAAAAAGAGCAGGAGAUAGCAACCCUCAACUAUAGGAGGUUCAGCUUUUACUGAUCCACUCUUUGAAUAACAUACAGAAAUUUUGUUAAACAAUUCUUUGCAUAAUGCUAAUUUCUGUUGAGCUGGAAGCUGUCCCUCAGAUCUUUGCUUCUCCUAUGGGUACAAUCAUUAGGGAAAAUUAGCUGCUACAUGAACAGAAAUAUGGGAAAAUUAUUUGGGCAGACAGUCUGUUUCAUCAGUUUUAUCAUUAGAGGUACUACUGUUUGAAGCAAUUUUGUAUCGUGUUCAUCAUCUUUUACUUCCCUUGAAGACAAAUAGAGGUUGUGGGAAAGAACAGGUAUCGCAACGGCGCCACAAUAGUCCCCAGUUUGUCGUAAUGAUUUUUUCUUUGGUAGUUUCAUUUCUUAUUUCCUUGGCACAUACAGAAAAGGAUAUUGUUCUAUUUUUUUUUUUGUUUCUCUUCUGAGGAAAAAACAAUUUUUUCCUUUAUUUUUUUGUUUUGGCUCGUGGAGUGUUGGACAAUAUGGUUGCCCUUUUGGGAGGCUGUUAUAUAUUCCAAACAUAUCCUAUAUAAUAAAUUAGAAAAUAUAUAUAUUGUUUUAGUUAUUCAA